CUUCUAACCCUAGCCCUCUUCACACACACUCUCUCUCUCUCCUCUCUCUGAAGAUGGCUUCACGCAGACUCGUAUCGUCUCUGAUUCGAUCUUCCCUUCGUCGAUCUACAUCGAAACCCUCGAUUUCUUCCUCGACAUCGAGGAUCUCUUCCUCUGGCCGUGCUUCACCGUACGGUUACCUCCUCAACCGCGUCGCCGAGUAUGCCACUUCGGCCGCGGCGGCUGCUGCCCCUCCUUCUCCACCUCCGGCAAAGAAGGAACCCGCCGGCGGCGGCAAGAUCACCGAUGAGUUCACCGGCAAGGGUGCGAUCGGCCAAGUGUGCCAGGUCAUUGGUGCCGUCGUCGAUGUCAGAUUCGAAGAGGGUUUGCCUCCGAUCCUGACCGCGCUUGAGGUUAUUGAUCAUUCUUCCCGGCUGGUGUUGGAGGUGGCGCAGCAUUUGGGUGAGGGAGUUGUUCGAACUAUUGCUAUGGAUGCCACUGAAGGAGUUGUUAGAGGGUGGCGCGUGCUCAACACUGGCUCCCCUAUUACCGUUCCUGUUGGUAGGGCUACCCUUGGUCGUAUAAUGAAUGUUAUUGGAGAGCCCAUCGAUGAGAAGGGUGACCUCAAAACCGAGCAUUACUUGCCCAUUCAUAGAGAAGCUCCUGCUUUUGUUGAUCAAGCAACUGAACAACAGAUUCUUGUUACUGGGAUCAAGGUUGUUGACCUUCUUGCACCAUACCAAAGAGGAGGAAAGAUUGGGUUGUUUGGUGGUGCAGGUGUAGGAAAAACUGUACUUAUUAUGGAACUUAUUAACAAUGUUGCAAAGGCUCACGGUGGUUUCUCCGUGUUUGCUGGUGUUGGAGAACGAACCCGAGAGGGUAAUGACUUGUACAGAGAAAUGAUUGAAAGUGGUGUCAUUAAGCUUGGUGAUAAGCAGAGUGACAGCAAAUGUGCUCUUGUAUAUGGUCAAAUGAAUGAGCCCCCUGGUGCUCGUGCUCGUGUUGGUCUUACUGGACUUACUGUUGCUGAACACUUCCGUGAUGCUGAAGGGCAAGAUGUGCUUCUUUUUGUGGACAACAUUUUCCGCUUUACCCAAGCUAACUCAGAGGUGUCUGCUUUGCUUGGUCGUAUUCCAUCUGCUGUUGGUUACCAACCAACCUUGUCUACUGAUCUUGGAGGUCUUCAAGAGCGUAUUACAACAACCAGGAAGGGUUCCAUUACCUCUGUCCAAGCUAUCUAUGUGCCUGCUGAUGACUUGACAGAUCCUGCUCCUGCUACCACCUUUGCUCACUUGGAUGCUACAACUGUGUUAUCACGACAGAUCUCCGAGCUUGGUAUCUACCCUGCUGUUGACCCCUUGGAUUCCACAUCUCGUAUGCUUUCCCCACUUAUUUUGGGUGAGGACCACUAUGAAACUGCUCGUGGUGUACAGAAAGUUCUUCAAAAUUACAAGAAUCUUCAAGAUAUCAUUGCUAUUUUGGGAAUGGAUGAGCUCAGUGAAGACGACAAAUUGACUGUUGCCCGUGCCCGUAAAAUUCAACGAUUCUUAAGCCAGCCUUUCCAUGUGGCUGAAGUCUUCACUGGUGCCCCAGGAAAAUAUGUUGAGUUGAAGGAGAACAUUAACAGCUUCCAGGGUGUGUUGGAUGGCAAAUACGAUGACCUCUCAGAGCAGUCAUUUUACAUGGUUGGCGGUAUUGAAGAGGUCAUUGCAAAGGCGGAGAAGAUUGCUAAGGAAUCAGCUGCAUCUUAAUCACAUACAGUCUUGUUCUCAUCUUAAUCCUUCUUUUAUAAUUGCUAAAUUUAAUAAUUUAGGAACUCUUCUUGGCUAUGCCAAACGACAAAAUUUUCCAUUUUUUUGGGUAUGAAAAUGUGUAAGGUUAUUAUUCCUUUCAAUUUCAUGUUGUUGCCGACUGUGAGAUGGAACCAAGGUCUGUGGCCAACUGCCCCCUUUUCUUCGGUUGUGUUAUUUAAUAAGGGGAAGAGGCAAGAGGAUGUACAUUUUUACUUUCAUGGUUGAGAAUGCUGGAUGCAUCAAUGCUAAAACUUAUAAUUGUUCCAUGUUAAUUGAUUUUUUCAGACGCAUGGUUCAGUACCGUCC